AGAAGGGGGAGUAGGUAGGGUGGGAGAAAGGGGGGGCACAAAAAGAAAAAGGGGGAGAAAGGGGGUGGGGAAGAGGCGAGGGUAUACGCAUCAAUUUGUAGUCUUCAGUUGGCACCCCUGGUUUUUUUCUUCUUCCUGCAACGAAUAGAAAGAGAUUUCUUCUGCAUUAUUGUUAUUAUCGGAGCGCGUUGCAAUAUGAAGCCUGUGUUGACAGACUGUGCGUGUCAGCGUGCAACAUAAAACGACAAAACAGAGGGGGAGAAAGGAAAGGGAGAGUGAGAGUGAGAGCACGCAUCGCUGGAUAUUAUAGGUCUUGCUAGCUGUAACACACACAGCCCAGUCAGUAAGCAACAGGAAGCAGUUCAGCCCCUGCAAUGGCUUGUGUUGUAAAAUGGAUGUUUUAAAGAAGACAUAAUGAAAACACGGACACACAAAGAAUCGAUGCCGAUGCGCAGUGGGCGCCGGCGGGGGGCGAGUGAGGAACGACGGGGAAGACGUCCGCACACCAGCCCCACUCGCCCUGAACGCAACGAUAGACAGACGCAAAGAGGUGCUGGUGAGGAAUUGGCUGGAAAUCGCUUCAGUCGCAGAUCACAAGGGCAUGAUUCAUCAGAGAGUGAGGGGGAGGAACUUGUGUCUCCUCCAAAGAGGCAGAAAGUUCAGGAUUCGGUCUCUGCCCCGAACCCUCCAACAUCAACACACACGAUUGACAGCUCGGCUCCUUCCACUGUCCCGCCUCCAACCUCGGUGGCUAGCCAAUCCCGCGAGAGUGACAAUGAAGACGGCCAAUCCCAGGGCAGUAGGAGUUCAGUGGUGGGGAGCCUGGCCAAUAGCAGCAGUAGCCUGAGCAGUGGGCGGGAUAUAGACCAGGACAAUCGUUCCUCGUCCCCAAGCCUCUCAGCUUCCCCUCUGGGCAGCCUGGACUCUGACUCCGAUGGCCCAGACUCACCGAAGCAAGGAGAGAGGGAACGGGAGAAAGGCAAGGAGGGAGGGAAGGUGUCGGGAGAGGAUAGGAGGGCGCUCCGAGAGGCGAGAGGGGAGGAGUCCUGCGGAGAUGGAGAAAAGCGGGACAUGGAUACACGAAUCGAAGACUGUCCAUCUCUUAAGCCUCCCUCCACUCCUGUGACUCCCUCCCACCGUGGAGUGGGAGAUUCUUCAAAUGACAGCAAUAGUGGGAGGAAGUCUUAUUUCUCCAUGGACUCCAAACUAAUGUGUAAAGUGGAGCACGGUGGUCCGACGGGCGUUGAAGGCGGCAGAAUGAACUCCAAAGCCGGCUCGCAGUGUGGGACCAAGACGGCCAUACCGGGAGGAGAUUUCUCCCACAACAGCCCCAACAUUCCCCACUCUUUGCCUCCCCCUCCUCUCCCUCCUCCACCUGCCCUGAAGCCCCUGGAGCUCGGGGGACAAAACCUUCCCACCGACGUAAAGAUAGAAAGAGACAAAAUAGAAAAGCCGGACAAACUCCUGGACAAGACUCAGUCCACUCCUCCCUCUCUGUUGCCUCAGACCCAGCCCUCCUCCCAUCCUCACCCCUACACCCCCACCGGCUGGCAGGGUGGCACCGCGACCGGUUGCCAAGGGAGCUGGGGCUACACCCGUUACCCGGGAAACCACCACCCACAGCACCAGCCGCCGGUGCAGCAGCAGCAGCUUCCCUCCGUCUACAACCCGCCGUCCACCCGCCACUCCUCUUUCCUCCCCCAUCCUCAAGCCCACCCCCACAGGGAGUACCUUCCCAGGUACGCCGGAGGGGGAGGGGACAGAGAGAGGGGGGCGGCUAUCGGCAGAGAGUUCUCCGCGCCCAUUGGUAACAGCAGCAGCAAUAGCACUGGGAGUAAUAGUGGGAGUAAUAGUGGGUCCAACAGCGUCCAAAGUAGAGAGUUUACUGUCCAGAACCGGGAGUUUACUGGUCCUGGGAGAGAUGGACCUAACUUGGGUUCUGAAAGGAGAGACUUUGGUCCAGCUUUCAGAGACCGGGAUCGAGAGAGGGAAAGGGACGGAGGGAGGGAGUUUCCUCCGCCAAACCAAAACCAGAGUAGAGACUUCGGCCCCAACGGGACUGGUGGGGGGCAUCCGAGAGACAAAGAUGGAGGCAGAUGGGGGGAGUUUGGGGGUCCGACAAGAGAGGCUGUAGGCAACAGUAACCCAAACAACAACUCCAUCCCGUCCGGAAACCUGCCGAGUUCAACCAGCGGACUCCCUGCCGCGCCAAUGCUGAACCGAGACCCACCUGCAUCACCCCAAAACACCCCGACUCACCCUCCACACUCCUCCCUGCCCCCACACCCCCACCCUCAUCCCCCAAACUCAUCCAGCCGAGACUUCCCCCCUCCCAUGGACCAGGCACAAACCCCUUCCUCUGGAUCGGACCACUUUCUCAGAGAUUAUCCACCCACUGGAGGAAAAGACUUUCCUGCUGGGGCGCCUCCUUCCACCGGCACAACUCGAGAGUACCUCAGCCCCCCCAGGGUGACUCCAAACCUGGGACGAGAGUAUUCAGGUGGAACUCAUCACCCUCACCCACCUCACCCCCACUACCAGUCCAGAGAAAGAGACUCAAACCUGCGAGAGUCUGCUUUGUACCAAAACCGAGGAGGAGGUCCGAAUCAGCCUCCGGCCCUUUCUCCGUCCUCCUCCUCCAGUCAUCAUGGACACCCUCCCAAUGCUCCUUACCCCCCUCCCCCAACUCAGCCUCCUAUACCCCCACCUCAAACCACCCACACCCAGCCACCCUCUGCACCCAAUGUACGUCCCCCACACUACCAGUCCACCGCUCAGACUCCUCCAACACCCUUAUCUCCGUUACCAAGCCCGUCCACUAAUCCAAUGGGUGGCUUCUCUUCGUUUCCCCCUGGCUCCUCAUCUGGACCCAACAUGCCACUUCCUGGUCCAGGUGUGUCGUCCAGCUGUUCCCCCGGAUGCCGCCCCUCCCCCUUCCAUGGCACUUUGAACAGCCACCCUCCCUUCACUGGAACGUACCACUCCAAUGGGAACAGUGGUAGUGGAAACAUGGCCAACAGCAAUAGUAGCGCGUCCAAUAGCAGCAAUACCAACUCGCAAUCACUCUCGCCUUCAAAUGUCUCAAAGGGACCUCCGCCUCUCAGUAACCAAGCAGCCAACAACAGCAUCUCCGCACCGGCCUCCAGCUCUUCAGCCCCCGGGGGAGACGGACAUUUGGAUCCAGGCCCUCCCCCUAUACCUGUUAUCAAAGAGGAACCAAUAGAAGAAAGGGAGGAGAGUGAAAGCCCACCACCUGUGUUGAGAAGCCCCUCCCCUGAACCCAAACCAGUGGACAUUCCCAUCCACGCCAGCCAAUCAGCACGGUUUCACAAAGUCCUUGAUCGUGGCAGUGGGAACUCCUGCGCUCGCAGUGAUGUCCUCUUCGUCCCGUUGGACGGCUCCAAACUGUGGAAGAAGAGGAACGAGGUGAUAGAAAGAGCUCGUAGGGAGGUGGAGCAGCGGGCGAGAGACAUCCGAGAGAAAGAGAGGGAACGAGAGAGGGAGCGAGAGCGUGAAAGGGAACUGGACCGACAACUACAGCAGCAGAAAGACGUGAACGCCGCUGCAGGAAGUCGCCAAGGCUCCUCCCUCUUCUUCCCCUCCUCUUCUUCCAUCAACCUCGACCCUUCGUCCUCUUCCUCCGGCAACUCCGUCUCCCACCCUCCCCCUCACCAGCAGCAUCAUCCCUCACACCCCCAUGCUCACCUGGCUCACCUGGCUCAAGCACACCACCACAGCCUCGCCCACUCGAUCCCCCACUCCCUCCUCAUGCCGUCCAUGGGCGGGGCGCAGACGGUGGUCGGCCCUCAGGGAUCCCUGGGAAUAGGUAUGGGAGGUCCUUAUCUGGGCCCGGACACCCCGGCGCUGAGGACCCUGAGCGAGUACGCCCGCCCUCACGCUAUGUCGCCCCUCAGCGCAGCGAAUCGGGCCCAGGCGCACCACGCACAGAUGCACGGCCACAGCCAUCCCCACGUCCACCCCUCGUUCUUCCUCCCCCAGUUCCAGAAUCACGCUCUAGGACACCCGCAUCACAUGCCUACCGACGCCGCCACUGCUGCAGCCAUCCUGGGCUUCCUGUACGGCGGCAGCCUCGAAGGGGGUCCGGGCGUCGGGGGCCACGUAGGGAUGGCAGGUGGGCCGAUACACGGAGGGAUGGGGGGCGCCGGGUUCGGAGGAGUCGGCUUUCCUCACGCAAUCGCCGCACAUCGAGAGCGAAUGAAGCAAGGGUUUGAAUUCAAGAGCGACGAGCGGGGUUACCCUCCAGGAUCCAUUCACGAUCACCUGGCCCUCGCUCACGCUCACGCUCACUCUCACUCUCACGCUCACGCUCACGCACACGCACACGCCAAUGCCCACGCACAUGCUCAUGCACACUCCCUGCUACUCGGGGGAGGUGCAGCCAAUGAGGUGUCGCUUUACGGCACUCCCUCUCCUCAGCCUCAGCCUCCUCCCCAGCACCUCCAGAACCCGUCCAUGCCGCCAUUAACUCGACCUCCCAACCCUCCUGCCCCUCAGUCCCUCCCCAAUCCACCCCCGUCAUCGAUCCUCACACCUUCCCUACCCUCUCACCCAUCAUCUGCCCCCCCGGCUGCCCCCCCGGCCCCAGCAGCACCUCCUGCUCCCCCAACAGCUCCUCCCGCACCUGCUCCACCGACCACCAACGCCUCCUCACUUCAUCACCCACUCCCCCAUUCGUCUUUUCCCAGCUCCCUGUCCUCUCACCUGCCACCAGCCACUGCUCCGGCCGCUCCCCCCGAAAACUACCCGACUCCCACUCGCUCUCCCGCCUCCUUUGAGCGAGACAGGAGUGGAGAAAGGGAGAGGGAGAGAGAGAGAGAGAGGGAGAGAGACAGAGCAGCUUUGCCGGCCUUUGGGGACAGAGAGCGAGAGAGAGAAAGGGAGAGAGAAAGGGGAGGAAGUGGUGGAAACGGAGGAAACGGAGGAGGAGGAGGAACAGGGGGGAAUGGAGGAGGGACAGGUGGAAACGGAAAUGGGAACGGAGAGAAUCUGGGGCGUCUUCAGAUGUUAAACGUGACGCCUCAUCAUCACCAGCAUUCACACAUCCACUCACAUCUGCACCUGCACCAGCAAGACACAGCGACGGGCGGGGUACACCCCCUGAUGGACCCGCUGGCGUCGGGGUCUCCUUUGACACGCCUCCCUUACCCAGGAGCCACACUAGGCACCCCCAUCCUGGCUCACCCCCUCACUGACAGCGAGGUGCUCCGCCAACAGCUGUUCGGUGCUCCUUUCCGUGACCUGCCCCAGCCGUCCUCCCUCACUGGUCCCAUGUCGGCAGCCCAUCAGCUCCAGGCCAUGCAGCAGGCCCAGAGCGCGGAGCUGCAGAUCCAGAGACUGGCCCUCGAACAGCAGUGGAUCCACCACCAUCACCACCACUCCCUCACCCAGGACGAGUAUUACAGUCACCUGAAGAAAGAGAGUGACAAGACCCUGUGAGGGAGGGGCACGACGGAGAGCAGCAUGGAGAAACACGAGGGAGAAUGUGUGCACUGAAAACAAUGAAGGAACAAAGAAAAAGCUGGACUAAUGGACUGAGGAGGAAUUUAAAGGGUUUCACUAAAGCGUGGCACACGUCCCUGCUGCACCACGACGACUCCAGCGCUCCCCUGCAAACGUUCCUCCAACUCCCGUCCUGUUUUGUAUCGUGCUCUGUACAGUAUAUUAGAUGGGGGCGGCAAUAGUGCAGUACAGUAUGUGUAAAAUACUUGAUGCCAGAAGGAAUGUGUACAUGAGUCUCUUUUAUGUCAUUGCAUGUAGCUAGGCGCUUUAUUCUGAACUGGUGGGACUUCUGUUUCUAUUUUUAGUAAUUACCCCCUCCUUUGUACCUGAGGGGCGUCCUAUAUGCAUGAGACCAGCAAUUUAGUGUUACGUUAAUGAUCAAUAGUAUUGUUAUUAUGAUUAAUGUCGUCUGUUUGUUGAUAAUGAUAUAAUUAUAUAUACAGUACAUAUUAUUUGUAUUAUUUUUUUACAUUUUCAUGGUACGGCAGUCGGUUUUUAUUUUUAUUUUUUAUUUUCGAUUUACCUUGUGAAACAAGAUGCAAAUGAAGGCAAACAAAUCUGGAAAUAAAUUAUAAUCUUUUUUUGCUAGUCUCUUGCGUAUUCAUGCGUGCACUGUUUUCUCCCCCCUUUUUUCUCUCACAUACAUUCAGACAAUUUGCCCCGUCUUUGUUUUAUACAAGUCACUCAUGCACAAAGCAUAUCAAAUUCCUCUCGUCUCCCCCUCCCCCCUUACUCUCCCUCCUCUCUCUCUCUUUCUGACUCCCCCCUCUUUCUCUGCGUCCCUCCCUCUCUUGGUUGUGUGUAGCUAAUAGGAGACACAUGGGAUGAGUGUGAGACAUGGGAGUUGAGGCGCUCCAGCGAACACCAGCCACCCUGUAGAGAGCAUUCCUUACUGCACAGUAAAAAAAAAAUUGAAAAGGGAGAGAAAGAGGGAGAGAAAUGAAAAGGAGGAGCUGAGAUGUGAUUUAGUGCUGGAGGCUCAGGGCGGUGUUCUCACCGUGUCCGGCUGCAGGACUCUCCUUCAAACGGACACGGAUCACUGGAGACGGCCUUCGUGCUGAAACACAGAAUCACUGCUGGCAGAUCUGUGUAAACAAACUUCACAAUAUGAUUUGUGUCAGAGUGGGGAGGGUGACUUUAAGAAUGUAUCCUGUUACAGUUACUAGGUACGUGUAAGCAAAUGUAAUCUGUAACCUAACCUGAGUAUCACGAUAUAAAAGUAAUGUAACCUGAUUACUUUCCCUUAUUUUUGGAUGCAAUGCAGAUAAAUACAAGAGAAUAGAAAUAUCAAUAAGAUG